CUUCCAGACAUUUUAGUUGAUUAGGAAAAAUGGCCCUUCGCGUGUUCGGCACCCUGGCCUUGGGCAAGCUGGGCCUGCAGACCCAGGUCAUGCAGGCUGCCGGCACGACGGCCGCGCGGGCCUUCGCGACGGUUGUGCAGGGCUACAAGUACGCUGCUUCACACGAAUGGGCCAAGGUUGAUGGCGAAACCGCCACGGUUGGCAUUUCUGAUCACGCCCAGGCUGAGCUGGGCGAUGUGGUGUACGUGGAGCUGCCCGAUGUGGGCAAGCAGGUCAAGCAAGGAGAGACGUUCGGUGUGGUUGAGUCCGUCAAGGCUGCUAGCGACAUCUACUCGCCUGUGAGCGGUGAGGUCGUGGAGGUCAACCAAGCUCUUGUCGACAAGCCCGGAACGGUGAACACCUCGCCUUUCCAGGAUGGGUGGAUCAUCAAGGUGAAGUUGUCUGACAAGGCCGAGCUUGGAAGCCUGUUGGACGCGGACGCUUACUCCAAGGAGUGUGAGAAGCAUUAAGCAGGGACGUACGGCAACAGCACAACAUGGUCUCUGGAAUUCGCUCCUGUAGCUGCUGCCUGUAGUAGAGUGUUGGCCCCGGUGCGAGGAGGCAUUUUUUGGUAUGGACAUAGCCCAUCGCUGGAGGGUAUGCGAAGAGGCGAACAUGCAGAGGGACCAUCAAGCCUGCCGUUUGGGAUCUACGAGGGGUGUAGACUGCACACGCAUGGGCCUAGUAGGUCGCCAAGCACAGAAAGCACUGCAGGAGGGCCUGUAGGAAGGAUUGGGUUGGACGCGCAUAGCGGCCACCAUGCUCGUCGCUUGCAGCCAUGCACCAUGGCCCUGCAGGAAUAGUUUGGCAUUGCAGGCGACAAUGGUUUCGGUGGUACGGGCUUUUGUGGAGGAGAUUGGCGCAAUGUGCCCUGACUGUUUGGAUAA